AUGAGGUACGUGCGCCUCGGAUCUAGCGGUCUCCGCGUUUCCCCCAUCUGCGUGGGAUGUAUGAGCUACGGCACGCCCGGAAAGCCCCUCUCAUGGGCGAUUCCAGAAGAGGAAGCCCUCCCCGUUCUCGACUACUGCUACCAGGCGGGACUCAACUUUUUUGAUACAGCCAAUACAUACUCUAACGGUGAUUCGGAAAUCAUUCUUGGAAAGGCAAUCAAGCAGUACAACUGGAACCGCGAGAGCAUCGUUGUCGCGACCAAGGUCUGGGCGCCAGUCGGACGCGGCGCGGAGAGGCCGCUGUACAUGUCCUACGAUGAAAGAGACCAGAACGGCUAUGUCAAUCAGCACGGGCUAAGUCGGAAACAUAUCUUCGAUAGUAUUGAUGCGAGUUUGAAGCGACUCGAUUUGCCGUACGUUGAUUUGCUGCAGAUCCAUCGGUUUGAUCCCAACACCUCGCCCAGGGAGACGAUGGAGGCGCUGCAUGAUGUUGUGAAGUCUGGGAAGGCCCGGUAUAUCGGGGCGUCGUCGAUGUGGGCGCAUCAACUUUUAGAAUACCAGUAUACGGCACGGAUGAAUGGGUGGACUGAGUUCAUUACUAUGCAAAAUCUGUAUAAUCCCAUUUAUCGAGAGGAGGAGCGAGAAAUGUUUCCCUCGCUUGCUAAGUUCGGGAUGGCGAGUAUUCCCUGGAGCCCUGUUUCGGCGGGAUAUUUGGCACGGCCGUGGAAGAAGAGUGACACGGCCCGGGGAGAGGGGAUGAAUGGGGCGUACUAUGGCAAUCCGUUUACUGAUGCGGAUAGGAAGAUCAACGAGAAGAUUGAAGAAAUUGCUACGAGUCGUGGGGUCUCGAUGGCCACAGUCUCACUGGCUUGGGCCUUCUCCAAGCCCUUCAUUACCUCCCCGAUUGUGGGGAUGAGUAAGAAGGAGAGAGUUUUUGAAGCUAUUCAAGCUGCUGAUUUCAAGCUUAGUGAAGAAGAGAUUCAGAGUAUCGAUGACUUGUAUGUACCCAAGAAUAUUAUCGGUCACAAGUGA